CCAGUAGACACAUGCCAGAGAAAUUGUGGGAUCCUUCAAAUCUCCUACCCGUAGAAGUUCCAUGUGGAGUUCCAUAUGCUGAGGCUGUGUGUUGUGUUCAUCUGCCUUUUGUAUGGGGUGAAAACAGAUCCUCAGGAGACAUGUCCUGCAUUCACAGCCCUCGGCUUUGGGAACGCUUUGAUAGGGACAGAUCUGAAAGUGAAGCUGCUGCUCUACACCCGGCAGAACCCAAGCUGUGCUGAGGAGCUCCACUCAACAGACUCCAAGUACCUCAAUGUGACCAAGAAAAUUACCUUCAUUGUCCAUGGGUACAGAUUCACAGGCUCUGCCCCUGUCUGGAUCCCUGACCUGGUGCAUCUCCUGCUUUCUGUAGAGGACAUGAAUGUCAUCGUUGUGGACUGGAACCAGGGGGCAACCACUCUCAUCUACAACUAUGCUGCCAGGAAGUGCAAAAGAGUUGCUGAGAUUCUGAAGAAACUUAUAGAUGAAAUGUUGAUUAAUGGAGCGUCCCUUGACUCCAUGCACAUGAUAGGAGUGAGCCUGGGAGCACACAUCUCUGGCUUUGUGGGACAGAUGUUUGACGGCACACUGGGAAGAAUCACAGGCCUGGACCCCGCGGGCCCCCUGUACCGGGGCACGGCGCCGAGCGAGAGGCUGGACCCCACGGACGCACAGUUUGUGGAUGUCAUUCACUCCGACACCGACGGACUGGGUUAUGGAGAAGCACUGGGCCAUAUCGACUUCUACCCCAACGGCGGCACCGACCAGCCAGGCUGCCCACUGACAAUAUUCUCUGGGUUGCAGUAUUUUAAAUGUGACCACCAGAGGUCUGUUUUCCUGUUCCUGUCCUCCCUGACACAGAACUGCAACAUCACCACAUACCCCUGCAACUCGUACAGGAACUACAGGAAUGGCAAAUGCACCAGCUGUGAACCCUUCUGGCCCAUGCCAUGCCCCAUCCUAGGUUAUUAUGCCUAUGAGUGGAAAAGCUAUUUAACACAACAGAGCCAUCCAGUGACAAGUAUGUUUUUUGACACAGCGGACAAAGGGCCGUUUUGCAUGUAUCACUACCUGGUGGAUAUUAUCACAUGGAACAAAGACACCAGGAGAGGCACCUUCAGCAUCGUGCUAGCUGACGAAGAUGGGAGGAAGGCAGAAUCAAAAGUUAAUCCAGAAGCUGCCACCUUCCAGAAGUACAAACAAAUCACUUUGCUCAUUGGGUUUGACCAGGAUCUUGAAAAUGUGGAAAGAAUUUCCUUGACAUUUUCCACAGGAUCUGUCAUUGGCCCAAAAUUCAAACUCAGGAUUCUCCAGAUGAGGUUCCACUCACUGACAAACCCAGAAAGACCCCAGCUGUGCCGAUACGACCUGGUCCUGACUGAGAACACCCAGAGAACCUUCAAGCCCAUCCCAUGCUGAAGCAGGAGCCGAGUGCCGAGGACGCUGUGCCCGGACGGGGCAGACAUUUCCCCGCCGUGUGGGACUCACCUUGCGGGCCCCGGGCGCCUUCUGAGGGGGCCGAGCAGCGGGACCGCUCUCCACGCAGCGUACAAACGGGCUGGGGGAGUGACAAUAAAACCAUGGGGGCACACGGCUUUAAAG